GUGCCAGACGGGGAGAAGCAAGAUCAUCGUUCAAGAAAAGUUGCGCGUGUAAUACAUGAAAUUAUAUUUUCCACACAAGUUAUUCCUAGUUCAUUUCCGUUUAAAGAAAAAAAUCAAGAAAGAAAUUCAAGAAACUAGUUGUUUUUCACAUCUUUUACUGGUACAGAGUGACCUGAACCGUUUAUACGCUGGAGCCGCUGGAUCAUUGCGCAUGCGUAUUCAUCAGCUGAUGAGCAAGUAGACCAUCUGCGAAGCAGUACUACAACAGUGAUUGAGUGACUACAACACUACUACAAAAGUACUAUUGAAGCGUGUGUGUGCUGUGUUGCAGGUGUAUAGAGUAGCAGGUUGUGGCAGGUGGUCUCACUGCGUGAAUAUUGGUAACGUCAAUGAACUUCAGUGACGUGAUUUAAUUCCCAAUUUUGCGAUGUGUUCUCAAGUUAGCAAAUGAUUUGAGCUUUAACGUGUCUGGAUUAUAUAGAGCGUUUGUGUGCUUUCGGCAAUUCACCAUAUUAUCAUGGAGCAUUCGUGGUCUGGGAAAUUGAAAUCAGCUGCGGUAGUCGGCUCAGGCAUUGCAUUGAGUGCAUGUGCUUAUGCAGUAUACUCUUAUUUAAAAAGAAAAGAUGCUAAAAGCAUUGAUGAAGGAUUUGAAGAUGUAUCGAGAUUGGAAGAAAACCCCGAAAAAAGAAUUCUGGUGUUGGGAUUGGAAAACGCAGGAAAGAGCACAAUUUUAUCCCAAGUAACGUCUGGUUCACAUAAAAACAACGACAUUAAACCCACCGAAGGAUUUAAUGUCACCUGCCUGCAGAAUGGUGGAGUUUCUUUAAAUAUUUGGGAAAUUGGAGGUGGUGAAUCCUUUCGGCGGUAUUGGAACAACUUCCUACAAGAUACUGAUCUGUUAGUUUAUGUGGUUGAUUCUGCUGACACUCAAAACCUUCCAGAGUCUUGUAAAACUAUGAAGGCAUUGCUUGGAGAUGAAAGGCUUGCACAUGUUCCUGUACUUGUUUUAGCAAAUAAACAAGACCUUCCUGGAGCGUUGUCACCUGGAGAAGUUGCCGAUGCUCUUGACUUGGGCAGUAUCCCUUCAUCAAGACAUCAUGUAAAAGUUCUUGGAACACAAGCUCCACCUAAUUCUUUGCAGCGACAUUCAUCUAUUGCAGAAGUUGAACACACACUCCUUCUCAUGAGCAAUGAUAAUUAGCUUUUUUUUAAUUUUUUUUUUUUUUUUCUUUUGAAAGUUUAUGCAAUAUGCACUGUUGCAUGUUGUGCUGUGUAAGAUAUUACACAAAUUUAAUUUAUUUUCUGGGUUUAGACACUUAAGACUCAAGCUUCUUGCUUCAAUUUAUAUUUGAUGUUUUAAUUUUAAAACGUCUAGUCAUUUCUGUAAUGUGGAUGAUAGGAUGAAUUCCUUCAUAGGAAAAAUAUCAUCUCUAUUGGCCAAUUUCAUACUAGUGUAUGAUGUAGGAAUGAGAUUCCUAUUACAAAACAUGGCUCUUUAAAUUUUAUACAUCAUUCUUUGUAAAUGGAAGUGAUUUCAUAUUUGUAGUUACAAGAGUGGUUGCAAUUGUAAAAGUUGUGAAAAACUAAAAAUAGUAUGUCAGCAAAUGAUACCAAGAUUACUGCAGUGCAACUUUGUUAUGUUCAUGGAAUGAGCUUUUAUCCUGUCACUAUGAAAGUACUGUAAUAGUUUAGGAGACUUCCUUUGUUCAGAGUGAACAAGUAGGGAAGGAAGAAACUAAGACUGCAAGAGACUGAUUUUUAACACCAUUCCUAAGGUUGCAAGAAGGAAACAUUUCAGAUGUUAAGCUUUCCAAUAAUUGUUCAUUAUUUAAAAUGUUUGUUUAAAGUAAUACUGAAAAUCACUUGUGAAGUAAAGUUUCAUUUACAGUUUUAAAGUUGUGUAUAGCCUGAGGAUUAUGGUACUUUUGAUGUAUUUUUUUAUAGGUUUCUUUUAUUGGAGGAAAUCUUAUUUAAGUGAUAAAUAUCUGAAAUAAGGAGAAACAUGUUCAGAUCUUUAUAAAGAAUGGAAGUAAUUUUAUUGAAGUUAAAUCUUUUAUAAAUUAAAAACAUUUGAAGAGGUUCCAAAAUGUUUCCUUUUUUUAAUGCUUUCUCAAUCAUUUCAUAAAACAUUCCUUGCCAUUUUUAUUAAUUUUUUGAAUUGAACUGUCAAAAUCACUGGAAUUAGGUGUGUGUACUAACAGCAACUGGAAAAUCCAUUUAUCUCAUUGUUGAUUAUGUUGAUUUAUCGUGAAGGGAAAUAAUUGUUUCCCUUUGAACUGUUUAGAUAUAUAAUAAAAUAUUGAUAUUAAUAUAUAACUACAUCAAUAUUUAACAGAAUAUUUUCUUCCUUAAAUAAUUUCCUUUUAAAUUCGUUUAUUACUAUGCAUGACUAAAAGGUUUCAAGAGGUACAAGAGCUUGCCAGCAGCAGGGCUGCAGAUCUUAAAAUAUUGUGACAUGUGUCUCAUUGCAGGUGCCUUAAUCUUUAGGAAAUUCAGCUUCAUAGAAAAAAAUAUGAAUGGACCUUUCAAGCUUUUUUGAUCUCACAGCAAAUAGUAAUGUCCUGAUAAGAAAUUGAAUCUUGGGCAUCUAGCAAGCAGCCUGCUUUUAUUGUGUAUUAAGAGCUCCAAAUCUUUUAUUGUAUUACAUUUUCUAAUUCAUGUCAGUGUGAACAAACUUGCUGUGAAAUUUUGGUAAAUAAUAUUUAAAUGUGAUGAACAGGUAUAAUUUUGAGACAAAUUUGGAUGUAAUAAUCAUUUGUUCUUGGGUUGAAAAUUGCUAAUUUCAAUAUUGAAACAGUUAUGCCUUUGCUUGUUUAUUUUCAAAAGAGUAAUAAAAAUAAAAAAUAUCAAGUUUAAUUGAUGCGUGAUAUGUUAAUACAAGAGUUCGAAAAAUCAACAGCUGUCUAAGAAAAAAAAAAUUUUCAACUUGUUGAAUAGCCUGUAAAUAUGUAUUUCAGAAUUAUAUUAGUAUUCUUUGGAAAAUUUUAAUUUCCUCUUAGUUGUCUAUAUCCCGUUUUCUUGAAUUAUAUACACUUUUAAUUUGAUGUAGGUGUAUGUUGUUAAAACUUCAAAUGAAAUGUAUGAAUACACUUCUAUAUUUUUAAAUUGUUAUUGAAAGAAAUAUCUCUUGACCUAAGAACAUAGGACAGAAGAGAUGUGAAUGAAAUAAAAAAAUUAUACUGUUCAUGAUGUGUUACUGACUAUUCACCUGUAUCUAUACACUGACAUCUGUUCCUCUUGAACAUUACGAUGGAGUAUUUUUUUUUUUUUUUUUUUUGCCUCUGCACUUAUGGACAAUGUAUUUCAACUAUAGUCUAGAUGUUAUAAUGUUUCAACAAGCAAUUAUUUUUAAUAAUUUUAAUUAUAAUGCCUCUCUAUUGUGUGAGAUUGUGUUUGAAGCAUUGAAUAUUUUGCAGUGUUCUAGUUUCUAAUAUUUCCUAACAAAUUUACUUAAACAUGUUCAGAACACUUUCACAAUUUUGUAAAUGCUUGUUUUUUUGCUUAAUAUUUCAUACUUGAAAUCAGAAAAGAGUGUUGUAGUACAUUUCUUGUAAUCAGUGUGUUUUGGCAUUGGCCAAUUUCAUUGUUAUGCAUGGCCUACUUAUUGUUUUCAUUAAUGACUGGAAAAAAUGUUGGUCCAUUAAAUAAUAAUAAACUUGAAC